GUUUUUUAUUUAUACACAUCAUCUACACGGGGACAGAAACUCGUCGAGGUCGUGAUCUCAGCUCCAUCCGGCGGAAGACACCGCUAGAAUGGGUGUUUUUCAUCCAAGUGGACUUUCUAUCAGUUUUGGCCGAUUUUGAUAUAAAGAACCCUCGCACUCUCCCAUCACCGACGCCCCGCUAGCCCCCGUUACUUCUCCCUGCCGAGCCGCUGCUGGUGUCGAGGAGAUCCACCUCAGACGAGGGAUAUAUAAGGAUUCUUAUCGGGAGCCGGUCCUGAGCUGCAAUCAUGUCUGGGGCGUCUGUCAAAGUCGCCGUUCGAGUUCGGCCCUUCAACUCCAGGGAGACGGGCAAGGAUUCAAAAUGUAUAAUUCAGAUGCAAGGCAACACCACAACUAUUCUCAACCCCAAAGCCCCGAAGGAACCAGCAAAGACUUUCAGUUUCGAUUACUCCUACUGGUCACACACUACGCCCGAAGACCCCAGCUUUGCGUCACAGAACCGCGUGUUCAACGAUAUUGGCAAAGAAAUGCUGCAGCACGCUUUUGAGGGCUACAAUGUUUGCAUCUUUGCUUACGGCCAGACAGGAUCUGGCAAAUCCUACACAAUGAUGGGCAAGCAGGAGGAGGGCCAGGAAGGAAUCAUUCCCAUGCUUUGUGAAGAUCUAUUUGAUAAAAUCAAUGACAGCAACAACAAAGAAGAGCUCUCUUACUCAGUGGAGGUCAGUUACAUGGAGAUCUACUGUGAACGGGUACGAGACUUGCUCAAUCCCAAAAACAAAGGGAACCUACGGGUGCGAGAACACCCUCUGCUUGGCCCCUACGUGGAGGACCUGUCCAAGCUGGCCGUCACCUCCUACACAGACAUCGCUGACCUGAUGGAUGCAGGCAACAAGGCCAGAACUGUGGCCGCCACCAACAUGAAUGAAACCAGCAGCAGGUCCCAUGCUGUUUUCACCAUCGUCUUCACACAGAAGAAACACGAUAGUGAGACAGACACCUCCACAGAAAAGGUCAGUAAAAUUAGUCUGGUAGACUUGGCGGGUAGCGAACGAGCAGAUUCCACUGGAGCUACAGGCACCAGGCUAAAGGAGGGAGCAAACAUCAACAAAUCUCUCACCACGUUAGGGAAGGUAAUCUCUGCUUUGGCUGAAGUGAGCAAGAAGAAGAAGAAGAGUGACUUCAUCCCUUACAGAGACUCAGUUCUGACAUGGCUGCUGAGGGAGAAUCUGGGUGGAAACUCCAGAACAGCUAUGGUAGCCGCCCUCAGUCCUGCAGAUAUCAACUAUGACGAAACUCUCAGCACACUCCGCUAUGCCGACCGAGCCAAGAACAUCAAGUGCAAUGCUAUCAUCAAUGAGGAUCCCAACAACAAGCUGGUGCGCGAUCUGAAGGAUGAAGUGUCUCGACUGAAGGAGCUGCUCCGCGCCCAGGGCCUGGGAGACAUCCUGGACACCCCUAUUGGUUCCCUGACAGCCUCUCCAUCCUCUGGCUCACUGUGUGGCCAGGGGGGCCUGCAGUCGGUCACCAGCAUCCAGGAGCGCAUCAUGUCCACACCUGGAGGAGAGGAAGCCAUUGAAAGACUGAAGGAAUCAGAGAAGAUCAUUGCCGAGCUCAAUGAAACCUGGGAAGAGAAACUGAGAAAGACUGAGGCGAUUCGCAUGGAGAGGGAGGCCUUGCUUGCAGAGAUGGGUGUGGCAAUCCGCGAAGAUGGAGGCACUCUGGGCGUCUUCUCUCCUAAAAAGACUCCACAUCUGGUUAACCUGAACGAGGAUCCUCUCAUGUCAGAGUGUCUGCUCUACUACAUCAAAGAUGGAAUUACAAGGGUGGGUAAGGCCGACACUGAGAGACGACAGGACAUUGUUUUAAGUGGUGCUCAUAUCAAGGAAGAGCACUGCAUCUUCCGCAGCGAGAGGAAUGCCAAUGGAAAUGUUGUCGUCAUGCUGGUACCCUGUGAGGGAUCGGAAACCUACGUCAACGGCAAACGUGUUGUAAAUGCAAUCCAGCUUCGUUCAGGUAACCGUAUCAUUAUGGGAAAGAACCAUGUGUUCCGGUUCAACCACCCAGAACAGGCCAGGGCUGAGAGGGAGAAGACACCAACUGCUGAAACACCAGUGGAGCCUGUGGAUUGGACCUUUGCUCAGAGAGAACUUCUCGAAAAGCAGGGCAUCGAUAUGAAGCAGGAAAUGGAGAAAAGGCUCACUGAGAUGGAGAUCUUGUACAAGAAGGAGAAGGAAGAAGCAGACCAACUUCUGGAGCAACAGCGACUGGAUGGAGACUCUGAUAGUGGGGAUGACUCAGAUAAGAGGUCUUGUGAGGAGAGCUGGAGACUGAUCACUUCCUUGAGGGAAAAGCUGCCACCCAGCAAGCUGCAGUCUAUCGUGAGAAAGUGUGGAUUACCCAGCAGCGGGAAGAUAAGAGAGCCCGUUAAAAUGUACCAGGUUCCACAGCGGCGCCGCAUCACCAAGGACUCCAAGUGGGUGACCAUCUCUGACCUGAAGAUCCAGGCGGUCAAAGAAAUCUGCUAUGAAGUAGCGCUCAAUGAUUUCCGCCAAACACGGCAAGAAAUCGAGGCUCUGGCUAUUGUAAAGAUGAAGGAGCUUUGUGCUAGCUACAUUAAGAAGGACCCUAAUGAGCGGGACUCGUGGAGGGCAGUGGCUCGGGAUGUUUGGGACACUGUCGGAGUUGGCGAUGAGCGUAUUGAUGACGUCAUCACCAAUGGGACUCGAGCAGGAGGAGCUGUUAUGGAUGAACUUAAAGUGCACAUUGAUAAACUUGAGGACAUCUUGCACGAGGUGAAGAAACAGAAUAAUAUGAAGGACGACGAGAUCCGUUCUCUCAGGAACAAGAUGGUCAAAAUGGAAAAGGUCCUUCCGCUCAUUACCCCAGAGGGACAGGAAAAGCAUCCCAGCCUUGCCGCACCUAUUUACGCAGCCAGAACACCAAGCCCAAUUGAGGGAAAACCUCCAGUGCCAGAAAGACCUGAUGUGGAGGAAGCAGAUUUGCAAAUGGGCCAAAGUCCUGGAGAUGACUCAACCCUAAAGCGAGGCCACAUGCGCUGGAUGCGUCAAGAGCAGUUGCGCCUUAAGGGCCUUCAGCAACAAGAGAUCUCCAGGCAGCUCCGCCGGCAAACCGGACCACAUCGCUUUAUACCACCAGAGGACCGCAAGCUGCGCUUCCCCUUCAGAAGUAACCCUAAGCACCGCAACUCAUGGAGCCCCGGUACUCACAUCAUUAUCACAGAUCAGCAGGUCAUUGAGCUAAAGGUGCCCAAAGAAGCUUUAGAGGAAGAGGAAGGAGAAGCCCAGGUGGUAGAGGGAGCACAAUCUCUAGAAAAGAUGGCUGCUUCAGUUGUGCAAGUCACUCCUCCAUUGCCUAGUCCAUCAGUCCAGCACAGGAGCAAAGACUUGGAGCAAGGUUUAAGCCAGGGUCACAGACAUAACUACAGGAACAACCAACAUCAGCAGUCCCAAGAACGAGGCCGCAGCAACUCUUUUAAUCACCGCCAGCGGCCCUCUGGCUCCAUGGAGUCACUGCAGCAGCCUGAAAGCAACAGGAGGCACAGCCAGGUGUUCUACCAGCCCCGCCAGCACCAGAACCACCAAGUACAUCCCCAGCCACACCACCAUCAGCAGCAGCCGUUUCACUACAAUGGCAUGAUGUAUACAGAUAGUGGCUUCGGUGGCUACCAGCAGUACCAUCACACUGACCAUGCUAACCAUCCAAUCAGCUUCCAGGCCCCUCCUCGAAUGCGCAGGCAGAUGUCUGUCCCUGAUCUAAAAGCCAGCAGAGAGACAACAGUCUGAGUAAAUGAGGAAACAGUUUCAAAUACUUUUAGUAGGCAAACACAUUACAGAUCACAACAGCUCAGUCAUGUGAACAGCUGAAACUGACUGUGACCGUUGCACUUGAUCAGCGUGUUAUUGGUUGAUCCAAAAAUAUUGUAUGUAUAGACAUUUUAUCAUCUUUACCAUAAUAUAAAUGCCGUUUUAUCAGUUUUUGCUGCAACGUUUUGCGCCAUCAUCACUAGCAUUAGGAGAACUGUCAUAAGGAACUGAAGCCAAUAGAUAAUAAGGGGACUUUUUUUCCAGAAGAGACCUGUCAUCACACCUCGUUCAUUUUUCAGCAUGUGUGACAUUAAAUCAAACACGCUUUGAUUUGCCAAAAUUGUCUUUGUGGUUGAAUUUCUGAGUUUACAUUUUGUCAUUUUAGUAUUGAUUGGUCAUGAAUGUUUUCAGCCAUUGCCGUAUGAACACAUUUCAGUUUGUAUUUCAUCAAGACGUUGUUAUUGCAGCCCAGAUUACAAAUGAAAACAAAUAGUUAUUGACGACUGAAGCAGUGGUCAAAGAAAGUGCUUUUCAAAAAGUGCCUUUUCAUGCUCUAACUAUAUUAACCCUGCUGUACAUUUACAGUUCAGUAUUUUCUUUACCUUCAUUUUUAAUCUACUGCCUAUGCACAAGGUUUGAGCUCAAUGCUGUAAUGUAAACUUUAUAUCUUAC